AUGCAACAGCUUCUGCUUGAUCCAGCUCUUCGAAACUGGGUUCUUUUACCCAUUAUGUUUGUUAUGAUCUUGAUUGGAGUUUUGAGACAUAAUGCCACAAUUCUGUUACAGUCUUCUCCUAAAAGACUAACAAAAGAAGAAAUUCGAGAACAACGCUUGUUACAAAGAGCAUUUUCCUUUCGAAACAAUGCAUGUUUUCUUUUACCCGAUUCUAUUGAGAAGAGAAAGGAUUUUUUAGUAGACGCUUUACGGUCGGGUAAAUACUUGAAGCCUGCCGAUCCCAAUGCGCCCAAAAACCUGAAUCCUAUGAUGGACGACAAGACGUUAGAAAAUCUGAUGGAAUCUAUGAAGGGAAAUAUGUUAAUGGUGGUUCCUCAAACAAUUAUAAUGACCUGGAUUAAUGAAUUCUUUUCUGGCUUUAUCAUAUUAAAACUCCCUUUCCCCCUUACUUACCAAUUUAAAUCGAUUUUCCAGUCUGGAGUUGCUACCCAAGAUUUAAGUAUUCAAUGGGUUUCUUCUAUAUCAUGGUAUUUUUUGAAUCUCUUCGGGUUAAAAUCGGUCUAUGCAUUAUUACUUGGAGAGAAUAACAUGGCUAGCAAUGCUGAAAAUGAAAUGGGAAUGGCAGGGUUUUCUCUAACAGCUGCUACUUCGCAAACUAUCCAGCCAGGACAAGAUAUUGCCAAGCUGAUGCGUUUGGAAUCCGAAAAUGUGCAAAUCGUCGGGAAGAAUUCUCUAUUAGAGGAUGUUGAAUCAAGGAUUUUGAAGCAAUUCUUCUAA